AUGCUUGUUGACAACUAUAUAAAGGCAAGUUCUAUAAAGUUCAAUAUUUCAAUAGCACCAUGUGUGGAAAUAGCGAGAUAUUUGAAAUCAAAUCAACAACAACAGCAACAACUACGACUACAUGAAGAUCCAACACAACUACUACAUCAACCAUACCCACUGUCACAACCACAACCACAACCACUGUCACAAGAAACACAAUAUUACUAUCAACAACAACGACGACAACAGCAACAACAGCAACAACAGCAACAACAGCGUGAACAUAAAAGACCACAUGCUACCCCAAGAAUACGUCGGCCAUCAUCAUCGCUAACACCUAUAUAUUCACCCAAAACCAAGAAAUCAACUCCCAAUAAAACCACUAAAACUCCACUACAUAAAUCAUUAGAAUCUCCAUCACCACCAAUAAAGAAAAAAUCCAAGAAUAGAAUAAUUGUCCCUAAUGAAUUUAUAAGAUGUGAUCUUGAUAUUAUAAUAACUUUAAUAAAUCGAAUGUUAAUUUCAUUAAUCAAAUUAAAUGAUAAUAAUAAUACCACAAAUAUCAAUACUUCAACACCUUUACCUCCUCCACCAACUCGAUUUCAUAGUAAGACUCCACCAGCAAUUUCGAUUUUUUCAUAUAUUAAUCGUCUUACUAAAUUCAAUAAUUUAAAAUCUAAUGGAUUAAUUACUAUGAUAUAUUAUAUUGAUAUACUUUCAUAUAUGUAUCCUCAUUUCCAAUUGAAUUCAUGGACUAUUCAUCGAUUUUUAUUAGUAGCAACUAUGAUAUCUCAAAAAGCUAUGGAAGAUUAUUUUUAUACUAAUGAUCAUUAUGCAAAAGUUGGUGGAGUAUCAUUAGAAGAAUUAAAUUGUUUAGAAUUGGAUUUUUUAAAAAGAAUUGAUUGGAGAACUAUACCAAUAAAUAAUCCAAAUGUUCAACAAUUAUAUUAUAAUAAAUUAGUUGAAAUGACUGGAAGGAUAUCAAAUAUGAUUGAUGAAGGUAAUGAUAAUGAUAAUCGGUAUAAACAUACUAAAUUUAUUAUGGAAAAUGAAGAUCCUACAGAUUAUGAUGAAGAGGAGGGUCUGGAAGAAGAUCUAGAAGAAGAUGACGAUGAGGAGGAGGAGGAGGAGGAAGAAGAAGAAGAGGGGUUUUAUGAUAGUGAUGAUGAUAUUAAUAGUGAAGAUAAUAUUGAUAUUGAAAUUGAGGUUGACGAUUACGAUUAUGAAAUGGAAGAAAAUAAUUCAAAUGUACCUGAUUUGCCAAAUAUACCAAUGUAUAAAUAUGAUAGUAAUGGGUUUAGUAUAGAUGGAAGUUCUUCACCUCAUUUAAAAAGACGGUAUAGUAAAGAUUAA